AUGCUCUCAACUGACCUAGGCGGAACAUCGGCUCCGGCGCCGACUCUCCUCCCUUCUGACCGUCCACCGGAUUUACCUAGCUCUUUUGCGAUAGCUGAUCCUAAACUGAUGUCUCUGUCGGUGGCUACGGCCACCAGUUUAAACGAUAUGAUUAUUGAACCCUCUGUUUUAUCUGUGCAGGAAAGGCCGAUCCAAAUUUCGAUGGCGGGAGCUCAGGCGGGAAUGGAGGCCGGCCAACCUUUCUCGUAUGCUAAUGCGGUUAAGGGGGCUCCGGCGAAGGAGACAUCUCCGAACCCAAUGCAACGGUGGACUCCAGUAGGCGAACAUGACCUAAUUACCAGCGAUCGGAAUGGGGAACCGGCACUCACAAUUUCGGCUGAAUUCAAAGCUAGAUUGUGCGCGCCUUGGGAAAGAGCUCUGGUGGCUCGUUUGCUCGGACUACGGAUCGGCUUCGUCACGAUCUGUAAUCGGCUCAAAAGUCUAUGGCGGCCGACGGGUCCGAUGGAGGUCAAGGAUUUAGAUCAUGACUGCUUCCUGGUUAAGCUGAACAAUGAACAAGACUAUUUCAGGGCGCUUACUGACGGACCGUGGGUUAUAUUCGAUCACUAUUUGGUGGUACAACAGUGGUCGCCGAAAUUUAAGGCCUCCGAUCCUCUGCCGAAGACAAUGAUUGUCUGGGUUCAGCUCCCAGCCUUGAAAAUUCAUUUUUAUCACAGGGAGGUGCUCACGACGUUGGGAAAUCUUAUUGGGCGGACCAUUAAACUGGAUUACCAUACUCUGAACCAAGAACGAGCGAAGUUUGCUCGGCUGGCAGUUGAAGUGGACCUCUCGAAGGCUCUGGUGCCCAGGAUCUGGCUCGACGAUGAGUGGCAAACGGUUGAAUAUGAAAAUCUCCCUGAGAUCUGUUUCAGGUGUGGAAAGAUUGGCCAUGAAGCGGGAACAUGUCCGUCUAAUAACCCGGUUGUAGCGUCGGUGCAAUUGCUGACUGCCGGUGGGUCUUCUCCGGCGAGCCCUCCUACGCCGGACGAUUCCAAUCCGGGAUACGGUCCGUGGAUGCUGGUGACCAGGAAAACCCGGCGAAAUCCAAGGGAAGACCAGAAAAAAGGAAGGGGCGAUCAGGAGGCGGGAAAUCAGGUCCUGAAACAAACUUCUAAAAAUGGAACUCGGGGGACCUCGGCGAAGGAAAGGGGGCAGACGCUGCCGAUUAAGGAGUCUUCAAACGGUAACUUACCAAACCAGAGUCAUAUACAGGAUAGGAAGGGGAACACAGAGAAGAAAAGGAAAGAGGAGGCUAAGAAAGGUAAGGAUAAAGAACUCGGAAAUGGGUCAGAGAAGGGUAAAGGGCUUCUUGGGCCAGGGCCCAGCUGUGGGGAGGCAAGAGUGGACGAGACGGGGCCCAGUUCUCUGGGCGGAGGCUUAUCUUCUGCUGGGCCUUCUCUGGCCACCUCUUCGCAGCAGGGAGAGCCGAAGUCUCCAGGCUUGUUGGUUGGGCCGGCCGAGUGCGCCAGGCCCGCUAAAUCCCCUCCUCCAACGCCCAGCUUUCGUACAGUGACAGGCCCGAAUGGGACUGUUAUGCAAAUUUUAAACAGCAAGCCCAAUGGCAAAGAGAAUGAAGAUCCAAAGUCGACCCCCUCUCCCUCGUUGACGAGCAGAACUAAACGGAACAAAAACAAGAAAGUGCAGCAGAGGAAUUCGCCGACCAAGUUGAAUUCGAUGAAGCCCCUGCAAAAUUGGUCCCCGGUGAAAGAUAGGAAACCAAAGUCAAAGGGCCGGUUGGCGUCGCUGACCUUGCAAGAAAUCCAUGUCUGGACGGAAGCGGCGAAACGACCAGCUAGUGGAGAAGGAGAGACGGGGUCGGCGGAGAUGUCUGCCAAAAACGUGGGCGAAGAUACAGCGGUCGCGGGGGCCGCAGUCUGCUCGCCCGCUCUGCCCUCGUCGUGA